GUAGCAACAAGCAGCUGUUGCUGUAACCGCCGCCUCCGCCUCUGCUGCAUCCACGAAGGGGAUCCCCCUCUUUGAACGGGCGGGUGCGGCCUACCGCAGCGGGCACGGUGGGCCGAGGGGGCUGCUCGCUCCCCUCCUGAGGGGUGGCUGGGGCGGCUCGCGGCGGAGAGAGAAAUGCGGCUCCGCCGCCCCGAACUCUGCCUGGACGCGACGCUUCCGCCACAGCCCCCUCCUCCCCUUCCUUUCGCCAUCGCUGGGGGCCACUGACGAGCUGCGGGCCCUCAGCCGCCCCCUCCUCCAGAGUCCUCGGUAGGAUGAGACCGGCCGAGAGGCCCCGCCGGCGCCCAGCUACGGAAGAAUACUGACAACUGAAUUUCUGCCUUUAUACUGUAAGUUCUGCAAUAAAGUGGGGAUGUCAAGGGUCCCCACACCUCCACCGUCUGGAGAGAUGUCCAGUGGGCCUGUAGCUGAAAGCUGGUGUUAUACACAGGUUAAAGUUGUAAAAUUUUCUUAUAUGUGGACCAUUAAUAACUUCAGUUUCUGCAGAGAAGAAAUGGGAGAAGUUUUAAAGAGCUCUACCUUUUCAUCAGGGCCAAAUGACAAAAUGAAAUGGUGUCUGAGAGUAAACCCUAAAGGAUUAGAUGAUGAAAGCAAAGAUUACCUUUCAUUGUAUUUACUUCUAGUUAGCUGUCCAAAAAGUGAAGUGAGAGCAAAAUUUAAAUUUUCUCUCUUAAAUGCAAAAAGAGAAGAAACAAAAGCAAUGGAAAGCCAAAGAGCUUAUCGAUUUGUUCAAGGCAAGGAUUGGGGUUUUAAAAAAUUCAUUCGAAGAGAUUUUUUACUUGAUGAAGCGAAUGGUCUUUUACCAGAUGAUAAACUUACGUUAUUUUGUGAGGUAAGCGUAGUACAGGAUUCUGUGAAUAUAUCAGGACAGUCUAAUGCAAACACGUUAAAGGUACCAGAAUGCCGACUUGCAGAAGAUCUAGGAAAUCUCUGGGAGACAACUAGAUUUACAGAUUGCAGUUUUUAUGUAGGAGGACAAGAAUUCAAAGCUCAUAAAUCUGUUCUUUCAGCUCGUUCACCAGUUUUUAAUGCAAUGUUUGAACAUGAAAUGGAGGAAAGCAAAAAGAAUCGCGUAGAAAUAAAUGAUGUAGACCCUGAGGUUUUUAAAGAAAUGAUGAGAUUCAUUUAUACAGGGAAAGCACCAAACCUUGACAAAAUGGCUGACAACUUGUUGGCAGCAGCAGACAAAUAUGCACUGGAACGGCUGAAGGUCAUGUGUGAAGAAGCUCUGUGUAGUAACCUCUCGGUAGAAAAUGUCGCAGACAUUCUUAUCCUUGCUGAUUUGCACAGUGCAGAACAGUUGAAAGCACAAGCAAUAGACUUUAUUAACAGGUGCAGUGUUCUUAGGCAACUUGGUUGUAAAGAUGGGAAAAACUGGAACAGCAACCAAGCGACAGACAUAAUGGAAACGGCAGGCUGGAAGUCAAUGAUCCACUCCCACCCCCACUUAGUAGCUGAGGCCUUUCGAGCACUAGCAUCUGCACAGUGUCCUCAGUUCGGCAUUCCACGCAAACGACUAAAACAGUCAUGAAAUCUUCCAUGGACUUUAGAGAAAUAUUCCUCCACGCCCAGAGGAGUCUUCUCAACCAUCAGCCAGAAUUUGUUAUCCCUGUCCACAGAACAUAACCUGAAAGCUUUUAAGAAUGGAUAAUAUAUGGUUUAAAAAUCAGCUUUAAAUUAGACUGAUAAUUCUCCAGUUCACUGAAAGGCCUUAAAUUCAACUACUCUAGUUCAUGCGUUUUUGUUUUGUUUUUAAAAUUGUGCCUCGUCUUUUUGACCAGGCCAUGUAGGAUUGCACUAGCUCCAUAAUGCAGUAAUGUUGAUAAAUGAAGACCAUUCUUGAAAGGGAUCUUCUUCUUCUCCUUCCCCCCUCCAAGGGUAGCAUUUGGUCUUGUGGUAACUGGAAGCUUUUAACUAGACUCUCAUGGAAAGCACUUGAAUUGGGGGGCAGCAAGCACUCCAGUCCAAGUACUGUAUUUGGAGUGCAUCAGAGAGUGCUGACAGGCAUGCUGUGGCAAUACACUAUUCUGAAUAUAAUUUAUUUUUCAUUGGUUCAGGUGAGUGAGGGAAAUAUGCAAUGUUUUGGCCCAGAAAUGUAUUUUACUAGAGUUUGUAAAUGCUUACUGUGCAAGAGUGUCCAUCAAAUGUUAAAAGAAACAUACAGUAACCAUUUUGGCCUGUGUUUCUUUAGGAUCUAUUGCUAUUUUACUGAACCAGAAUGAAAGUUAGCAUUUUGCUAUGGAAAGCGAAUACAUGAUACAUGUAGCAAAGGAAUUUUUCCCCCUUAAAUGGAAUACAUUGAAGAUCAAGGAUGCUUAAGAAUGACCAAAUGUAAAUUUCAGAAAUGGGCCAAAUUAUGGAUUCUCAGUAUGCACUUUUAAUGUGUAACUUUUGUAUGUUGUGUGGUACAUAUAUAUUUUGGUUUUGAUAAAUAUGGUACAGUAAUUGUGGCCUAACUUUUGAAAUACAUUAAGAUACCCAUAGCCACAUGGGAUUUAGUUUUGUUACUGCAAACAAGGAAAGCAUGACUUGAGAGAUGUUGAUUCAAAGUAAAUAUCUCGCGUGUUCAUGUUAUAAUCCAUUCUAUUUUCACACUUUGGACAGGUUUAGCUUUAUUCCCUCAGUGUGUGUACGCACAAGCCUGUUCACACUAGUGGAAGUUGCACAGACACACACACUUAGCAGGAAGAAUAGAAGUCUGAAAUGUCAGUAUUUGUAAGCAUUGACUUGUUCUUUCUAGCAUUUGUUGUUGUACUAGCAUUGUGGAUGGUAUUGAAAUUCUUCAUAAUGUGAAAAAGGAUAUAACAGCCUGUAAACUGCUUGUAAUGGGCCAGUUUUGUAUGAUACGAACCUUAGCUUUAAUGCCACCACUUCCAGUGUUUUUGCUAGCUUGUUUACAAUGGGGAGGAAUUUGUCCUGCAGCAAUGCGCAUCCUAAAUGUUUCUUCAGUUAUUACAUUGAGUUUUACUUUAAUGCUGGUGAUGUGCUAUAUCUGUGGCUCAGUCAAAGUUGCAGUAAAAUUGAAGAAAAGGGGAUUUCUCAGAAUAUUACAGCUGAAGAGUUCUGAUUGCCUAUUCAGCUUACUUGCUUGCUGAACUCAGUUAUGGUUUAUUGCCUUUUCCAAAUGGAUGUCCUUCCUAUUUUCAGCAGUGAAGCACUGAAAGAUCUGGAGCAUGUUUGUUCUUGAAUUAUGAUUUCUAGUAAAUGUCUAAAAUACAAUUGGGGGCAAAUAGCAGGUUCCCAAUCCCAGCACAGUACUAAAACUAGGGGGGAAGAAACCCUACAUUUAACCAAACUCAUUAUUUGGGCGGAGCUGAAUGCAAAAUUCUGUACUGGCAUCCUUCAGGCACAAGUGAAAGAGCCAUUUCACUUGUGCUCCUGGUGAUUUUCAGUGGCCUCCACUUCAUUCAGUGAAGUACAGAGUGAGAGGCGUCCUAUCCAGAGAUUCAUCAUAGUGUUUAAUGUUUAUUGGGAGUUAUCCCUAUCUAAAUUAAGGCCUUGUGGGUGUUCUUAGAGUCAGACAUAAGGAUGCCUAUCCCUUCAUAACGGAGAAAUUCAUGCCGCUGUGUAACUAAUAAAUCAUAAUGACCAAUUUUACGUCUUGAAAAUUGCAGCUAAAUUAUACAAAAUGACUUGAAUAUUUAAUACUACAAUUGUCCAUUUCAGCUUGUUCAAAUAUUACUAGAUACGGCUGUCAGAUGGAACAUCUUAAGUGUUUUGAAAAGUUUUUAAAAUCUUAAUAGCAGCAUUUUGUACCAAAAAUAUCAAACACUGUGCUGUAAGAUUAUGUAUAUUUCCUUAAAUGUCCACUUGUCAAAAUUAACAAAAUGCAUACUAUACAUUACACAAACAGGCAAUCAUGACAGUUGAUCUACUGUUUUGUGUUGUGUGUGUGUUGGCUGUGUAUGAAAAAAGUAUAACAAAAUGUUGUAUUAAGUGGAUGUACUAAUCCACCUCUUUUCAUUAGUGAACCACAAGCAGUGUUCUCACUCUUCCAAAAGAGCUGGCAAGAACAAUUUUCUCUUAGUCACUUCAAAUAUCUCCCUAAAAAUACAUUGUAAGUUCAAAGUAAUGCAGGAGAAAAUGUCAAUUAAAAAUAUUUUCAGGUUGAAAACUAGAAAUCUUGAGAAGGUAGGCAUAAGCCCCUUUAACAGGAUUUUCAGCACAAUUAUCCAAGUGCCAUGUUUGGCUUGCCAGCUCUACCUUUAACACCCAUCAGUUUUUGCCAUUGAACAUUUUUUCCUAGGGGAAUACCCUGCAUGUGUCCUGUGUGUGGUGUGUGGGUUUUUAACAAAGAUUAUUUUCAGAAAAAUAGGACAUGGUGGGAAGUUUAAAAGUAGCAAGAGGUUCCACUUAAAUGACUUCCAUGGCAGUGUUUUCAAAUGAAGGAAACUUCAGUAAUGCAUCUAGACUUGACAGUCCAUUUACUGCAUGCUGAGGUAUGAAUUCAUAGUGCCUUUUUCCAAAUGUAAGAGAAUAGGAUGCAAAAUUUUGAAAAUACUUAGGAAAGCUAGAGAGAAGCCCUGAUACUUACUUUCUCUGCAAAAAAAAUCAUUGUAGGCAUUCCUUACAUUUAAUGGGCUGAAUCCGAAACUGUGGCUAUUAACAUAAGCUUUUUGAUGGUUCUGUUAUUUAAGUGUGGAAUGGUAAUAAGACCUUGAUGACUUUUGUCUUCAGAGAGAGUAAUGUAGGACAUGGUCUGCAUGCUCCUUGAUUAUCUCCUUAAGCCCCCUUAUAAUGAGAGCAUGCUCUCAAGCUCAAGACUAAGUUUUUGUGGUAGUAAAUUUUCUGUAGGAAUUAGGUAACCUUUUGAGGACGCUUUGUUUUAGAUCAUAGGGUAUGACUUGUUAAAAUGAUUGAAGUUUACCCCAACUUUAAUUUUUUUAUUGGGAAAGAUGAUUGGAUUUUCAUAACACUUCCUACAAACAUCAUUUUUGUUGGUUCAUCCUACAACACAACUGCAUUGGUUUGCUUGCUUUCUGCUUGCAGCAAAUGGACUUCCCUGAAAUGGCAAUUCAUUAUUUUUGUCAGUGUGCUGUGGUUUUAGUUAAUCAUACUCUGUAAUCUAGUUAAUCCUGGAUUUUGAUAUUUCAAAAUGAAGGUUUGUUGAUGAAUCCUGUUUUAGAAUCUAAACAUUGGAAGAACUUAAACCUGGUCUUAUUUGGAAGUUACUCAUAUUACCUAUCAUGUUAAACAUGUGCAUCAAACCAUUCAGCCUUUUAUAUCUGCCUGAUGUUAACAGUGAAAUACUUUUUGUACCUUGUUGCUGAAAAUAUUUUUGCAUUUCAGGACAUCAAGUUACAAUAAAGUUGUUACUUAU